AUGACAACAUUAUCAAAGUCAAAAGAUAAUACUUUUUUGAUCCAUCUUGUUACCCUAAUUUUUUUUUUCAAUGCCGAUAGUGGUGAAUCCACGAACCCAUACACCCAAUUUAUGAGACAAAUGCAAUAUAAAAGCAACAAAAAAGUGUUUGGAUUGAAGAUUGAUAUGCGAUUUGUUCUAACUCUCACUCGUAUUGACAUGGAUAUUGAUGCAAGAAAAUUGCUUGUGGAGGCAAAGAACAUUUUUAAUGGGUUGUUUAAUAGUAUUCAUGACAUCAAAGAUGUUCGUGAAAUUUCUGGUGCUGGUAUUCAAGUGGGAGCAACUUUCCUGAUUUAUUGCUCACAUUUAGGAUUGACUGGUCAAACGUUGAAUUUACAUCUUUACAAGCCAAAAACGUAUGUUACGGUUCCUAAUGCCAAGCUUGGUAUUCCAUCCAAUAUUUGUUUACUAGUUUCUUUUGCUGAAACGUUUGAAAUAUUAAUGGCAUCAAUCAUAGGCCGCUACGGAACUUUCCCACUUGAUUUUACUAUGAGUCUAUUUAGCAAUCACUAUUACAAGAGCAUGAACCGAAAUGCAGGUACCAUUGGGGUUGUAGUGUUACCGACUCACAACCUAAUUUACGCCAUCAAAGGUGAUUAUCAAUAA